AUGGACCCGCAGCAGCGCCGGUGCCCCGGGCCGGGGGCUGGCGGGUUUUUUUGGGUUGGGAGCUCCCAAUCCCAAUUUUUUGGUUUUUAUUCCGUGUUUUUCUCCGCAGGGAUCCGCUCGUGGGACAUCGACCUGGCCUCCUGCAACCUGGACGAGCAGCUGAAGCUCUUCGUGUCCCGGCACUCGGCCACCUUCUCCAGCAUUGUGAAAGGUCAGCGCACCCUCCACCACCGCGGGGACGUGCUGGAGACCCUGGUGCUGCUGAACCCUUCGGAUAAAUCCCUGUGUGACGAGCUGCGGAACCUCAUCACGGACGUGUCGCAGCACAAGCUGCUGGUGUUCGCGGGGCCCUGCGUGGAGGACACCGGGGAGCUGAUGCUGCAGACCGGCUGCUUCUCCCUGCGGGAUUUCAUCCAGAUUUUCACGGAUAAGGAGGUGGGGGAGAUCCUGAGCUCUGCGGACCCCUCGGCCAAGGCCAGGCUGACCAUCAGCUGCCCGGAUUUCGGGGAGUGGAGGGACUCGGGCUUGGAGCACCACAACCUGCAGGACUUCAUUGAGCUGCGCUACAACCCCGGCUGCGUGCUGCCGGAGAUGGAGGGGCUGGAGGAGUUCAUGGAGUACCUGUCGGAGUCCCUGGAACCCCAGUCCCCCUUCGACCUCCUGGAGCCCCCCACCAUGGUGGGAUUCCUGAAGCUCUCCAAGCCCUGCUGCUACAUCUUCCCGGGCGGGAGAGGCGACUCGGCUUUCUUCGCCGUCAACGGCUUCAACGUCUUGGUCAACGGCGGCUCCAACCCCAAAUCCUCCUUCUGGAAGCUGGUGCGGCACCUGGACCGCAUCGACUCCAUCCUGGUGACGCACGCGGGCACGGACAGCCUGCCCGGCAUCAACAGCCUGCUGCAGAGGAAGCUGGCCGAGCUGGAGGAGGACCCGUCCCAGAGCUCGCAGGGCAACGGCGACUGGGCCAAGAACCUGAUCUCGCCCGAGCUGGGCGUCGUCUUCCUCAACGCCUGCGAGAAGCUGAAGGACAUCGAGGGCGACUCGCGGGUGCUCAAGAGCUGCGACGAGGCCGCGCUGACCCUGCACUACCUGGACAAGUUGGGCAUCCGGCCCAACCUGCUGGCCCGCGACGGCGGCCCCCGCGCCGAGCCCACCGUGCUCUUCCAGAAGAUGGGGGUGGGCCGGCUGGACAUGUACGUGCUGAACCCCGUGAAGGGCACCAAGGAGCUGGAGUUCCUCCUGCAGCACUGGGCGGGGAACGGCUUCCCCAAGGAGCAGGAGCUGCCGCUGCAGUGCCUGACCUCGCUGUGCGUCCUGCUGGUGUGGCACCCCGUCAGCCGCUCCGAGAAGAUCAUCCGCGUGCUGUUCCCCGGCUGCACGCCCCAGGCUCGCAUCCUGGAAGGGCUGGAGAAGGUGAAGCACCUGGAGUUCCUCAAGCACCCCGUGGUCACCAAGAACGACCUGAAGGGGACGGCGCAGGCGGAGAAGCCGCCGAAGCAGAGGAGGGCGGAGAGCAAGGAGAGCCUCAAGUCGGGCUCCAGGCUGAGCUUGGUGGAGGCGGCGGCGCCGGCGCCGAAGGAGAAGGCGCCCAAGGUGGAGAAGAAGGAGGUGAAAUCCGGGACCAAGGAGAAGCCAAAAUCCCUGGGGGACGCGGCCAGGACGGGGUCAGAAGAGGAGAAAGCCAAGGAUGGCCGAGCCAAGCCGGAGUCGGCGGCAGAGAAGGCGAAGGGGGACACGAAGCCGAAGGCGAACAAGGAGAAAGCGGCGCCCAAGAAGGAGCCGGCUGCCAGGAAGGAGGAGAAAAAGCCACCGAAGAAGGACGAGGGGGCCGAGGCCAAGAAGGAGGUGAAGGUGGUGAAGAAGGAGGCCAAGGCCGAGACGCUGCGGAAGGACUCCAAGGACAGCAAGGCUGAGGCCAAGGCUCCGGCCAAGGCUCCGGCCCGGAAAACGCCGGUCCCGGAGAGCCGCAAAGCCCCGGCCAAGGCUGGCAGCGUUAAGAAGUCCCUGCUGAAGAAAGAGCCGGAGAAACCCAAGGCUAAAAGCGGCCAGAAGGAGCCGGGAGCCUCGGACGGCUCCAAGUCCUCCUCCCCCGAGGAGAUGCUGCCGGAGGCCGAGCAGGAGGGCGGGAGGAGGAGGAAGGAGGAAUCCACGGAUGAAGGCAUCGCCACGGCCGACAGCGAGCUGGAGCCUUUAUCCCUGGAGAACGGGGGGAACCGGCGCCCGGGGGUGCCGGGGGAUCCGUCCUGCCUGGAGAACGGCCUGGAAGAGCCCGAGAGCCCCCAGCGCUUGCGCUACCCGGAGAGCAGCCCCCUGCGAGCCGUGUGCCCCCCGUCCCCCAUGGCCAAGACCCCCAAGAGCGACCGCAGCGUCAACUUCGACCUGACGCCCACCGGGCUGCUCAACCACGGCCCCGAGGGCGCCGAGGAUCCCUGCGGCAGCUCCGAGGAGAAAACGCUGGAGAUGAUGUCCCCGGCCAGCUCGGGGCCGGCCAGCGCCGGCCACACGCCCUUCCACCAGUCUCCGGUGGAGGAGGGCGCGGAGGAGCCGGGCCGGCAGCAGAACGCGUGGCCGGCGGCCGCAGCGGGCAAGGAGGGCUCGGCGCCGGACAAGCAGGCGGGGUGCCUGUCCCUCAGCCCCUUCAAGGACGACGUCCCCGACGUGUCCCCCACCAUCACCACGCCCUCGCUGCCGGCUGAGGUGGGCUCCCCGCACUCCACCGAGGUGGACGAGUCGCUCUCGGUGUCCUUCGAGCAGGUGCUGCCGCCGGUCAGCGAGUCCCCGCCGGAGGACGGGCAGCGCUCCCGCGGCUCCGGGGACGAGCCCGAGGCCGCCAAAGGGGGGCUGUCGCUGCCGCUGCGGCCCUGCGCCCGUGACAGCCGGAGCCGGGGCAUGAGCUCAGCGGGGUGCGAGGCACCGGCUGGCACCGGCGGCGGCGGGGGGGGCACAGCCCGGGACCGCGGGUGCGGUGACAACCGGCGGGGUCGCGGCGGGGGGCGCGGGAGGGAGCGGCUGCACCGGGAGCAGCGCCGCGAGCUCGGGGGGCGGCAGCGCCAGCGGUGGCGGCAGUCCCGGGAGAGGGGUGACGGCCUGGCGCCGGUGACAGCCGGGGGACGGCGGCGGCGGCUCUCCGAAUUUGGGGGUGACAGAGUGUCCUGGGCGUCCCCUCAGGUGACUUUGAUCCCCACUUUCGACUCGCUGGUGAUGCACGAGUGGUACCAGGAGACGCACGAGCGGCAGCAGGAGCUGGGCAUCACCGUGCUGGGCAGCAACAGCACCGUGGCCAUGCAGGACGAGACCUUCCCCGCCUGCAAGGUGGAGUUCUGAGGGCUCAGGGGGGUCACCCUCACCCUCCUCACCCUCCUCAGAGCCCCCCACACCGCGCUGGGAGAUGGGGCAGUGUCCCCCCACCUUCCCCCUCCCCAAAAAACGCCGCGCACGCCCCACGCCAGCCUCGCUCUGCACCCGCUGCCAGCCCCGGGAGGGGACAAGGGACCAGCUGGGGACAGGGAGGGGGGGACAGGAUGUGUGUCCCCACCCCCUCCCCGCGGGCAGCUCGAUGGAACAGGGUAAAUUUU